CUGAUUGGCUGCGCGGAGCGCGCAGGCGGUGGCCCAUGGCUGCGCUAGGCAAGGCGGCGGCGCGGUGGGCGCCGGGGCUGUGGCGAGGGGCGGUGCGCGCGGCCGCGUGGCUCCGGGGCAGGCGUUUCGCGAGCGGCGGAACGCAGAUGGAUCUGCCUGGCCAGCAACCCCAAGUCGUCCUCUGGAAUCCGCGGCCCAGGCUGGCCCGAGGGUGGGGAUGAGGCCUCCCCCUACGCCUCCCCACCCCGCUACCUCUCUGCCUGACUUGGGCCGCUCUCGUCUCCUCUCCGUGCAGAGUCCACCCACUUUUGGGUUGCUGUUGGACAUUGAUGGGGUGCUGGUGAGGGGCCACCAGGUCAUCCCCGCCGCUCAGGAGGCCUUCCGCCGGCUGCUAGACCCCCAGGGGCAGCUGCGGGUGCCUGUGGUCUUCGUCACAAAUGCUGGGAACAUCUCACAGUGCAGUAAAGCCGAGGAGUUGUCGGCCCAGCUGGGCUUCCAGGUGGAGCCUGACCAGGUGAUCCUGUCCCACAGCCCCAUGAAGCUCUUCUCGCAGCAUCAUGACAGGCGGAUGCUGGUGUCUGGGCAGGGGCCCCUGGUGGAAAACGCUCGAGCACUGGGUUUCAAGCACUUGGUCACAGUGGACGAGCUGCGGGCUGCCUUCCCUGUGCUGGACAUGGUGGAUCUGCAGCGGCGGCCCAAGACCACGCCGCUUCCAAGGAGUGACUUCCCUGCGAUUGAAGGGGUGCUCCUCCUGGGGGAGCCUGUGCGCUGGGAGACGAGCCUGCAGCUGAUCACGGAUGUCCUUCUCAGCGACGGGAACCCUGGCACAGGUCUGGCGACGGCCCCCUACCCCCACCUCCCUAUCCUGGCCAGCAACACGGACCUCCUCUGGAUGGCCGAAGCCAAGAUGCCCAGGUUCGGCCACGGGACCUUCCUGCUGUGCCUGGAGGCCAUUUACCGCAAGCUGACAGGCCGGGAGCUGUGCUACUCGGGCCUCACGGGCAAGCCCAGCCUCCUCACCUACCGGUAUGCCGAGGGCCUGCUGGCGCGGCAGGCGGCGCGGCGGGGCUGGGCCGCUCCCAUCCGGAGCCUCUACGCCGUGGGCGACAACCCCAUGUCCGACGUCUACGGGGCCAACCUGUUCCACCAGCACCUGCAGACUCAGCAGGAGGGGGCGGCCCGGAGCUGCGCCUCCAUCCUGGUGUGCACGGGUGUGUACGGUCCCCAGGCUCCCAGCCCCACUGUGCCUGCCCUGGGCAGUGAGGGGUCUCCAUUCCACGGACACCGGGACUUUGGCUUCAGGCCCGAGCUCCUGCAGGCAGCCCACGUGGUCAGCGACUUGCACGAGGCUGUGCAGCUGGUCCUCCGCAAGGAGGGCUGGGCUCUCUAGGGCCCAGGGAUGGGGGUGGGCCUGCCGGCUGCCCCCCUGCCACUCCUCUGCAGACAGCGUCCUCACCCGGUGGGGGUCUCUGCCUGCUGCCAGCAUGGGCUGUGAUUCUUAGACACUAUUUUGUAUGGUCUUUUAAGUUACUUCCCAGAGACUUUGGACCUAUUUUUUUUAAGUGAAAAUAACUGUACAAUAAUAAAUAUUCAUUUUGCUGUG